UCUCCUAUAAUAUAUAACCACUCUCACAUUUCUCUACGAUCGUAUACGUUUACACAAGCAUCAUCUUCAUCAUCGUUCAACAGAGAUUAAAAAAAAAAAAAACAAGAAGAUGUCGUCUGAUUGGGGUCCGAUUCUAGUGACGGUGAUACUCUUCGUGAUGCUCACGCCAGGACUUCUGUUUCAGUUGCCAGGACGACAAAGAUACGUUGAGUUUGGUAAUUUUCAGACGAGUGCUGUCUCCGUUAUCGUACAUUCUCUUCUCUACUUCUCCCUUGCCUGCGUCUUCCUCCUCGCCCUCAAGAUUCACAUCUACAUCGGCUAAGUCCAUCCCCUUUAUUUUCUACGUUUCAAUAUGUUUUUUUUUUGUUUUGAGAAAGUACGUUUCGAUAUGUUGUUUCCAAGUUUUCUUAUAAAAUUUACGAAUUUUAAAUCGUUUUCAUUGUCCAUUUCUUUGCAUCGGACACUUUUGCUUUAUAUGUGUAAUGAUGUGUUUACCUUUUCUCUUCUUGUAAACGCAAAGAUUGGUUCAAAUAAUAUAAUGUCAUUUGUAACAUUU